CUAAAGAUUUCGUUUAUGACAUUGAGGAAAUUAAAAACCACAAAUUCCCAUUUGCCUUUUGCAAAAAUCUAUAAAAAGAGACUACAUGAAUGUGUCAAUGUCAAAACAAAGCUGGAGUGGAGUACGAAUUAUAACAUGAAAUAUUUGAUUUAUACCUCUUUACUCCUGGCUGCUGGCCUCACUUUGACCAGGGCCGAUAGUGUCAAUGUGUGUUCCGGUGUAGCUGACAACAUUUUCUUGCCGGUUUUGGGCAAUUGCUCGGAAUAUUAUGUGUGUAUGGAUGAGACACCUGUCAAGAGAAGUUGUGUAGAGGGUUAUUUGUUCGAUUCUCGCGUCCAAUCGUGUACCCUUCCCGCCGAUGCCCAAUGUAUACAAAACUGCACAACAGCAUUGUCAUCGUUCUGUUAUGAUCGCACCUGUACAAAGUAUGUCCUUUGCUAUGCCGGUACACCAGUGGUGCGAGAAUGCUGCGAUGGCCUACAGUACAAUGCCGAAACGGAUCGUUGUGAUUUCCCACAAUAUGUAGAUUGUGUGGACAACAUGUGUACCAUCUUCAAUGAUCCCACAAAUAUUACAUUCUUGGCCAGCAAAGCCUAUUGUGAUAAGUAUUAUGUGUGCGUAGAUGGUCAGGCAAAUGCUCGUAACUGUUCGAAUGGUCUGCAAUUUAAUACGGAAUGUGAUUGCUGUGAUUUCCCAUCCAAAGUUAAUUGCACGAUUUCCACGCUCCAACGUAACAUCAAACCCUUUGCCAAGAGUCCACCCAAAGCUGCCGACAUCAAAUGCCCCUCGGAAGGCAGUCACUUUUAUCCCCACAUCAAUCCUGAAAAAUACUAUUUCUGUUUGAAUGGCCGCGGUGUUAUAUUGGAAUGUACCCCUGGAUUAGUGUACGAUAAAUUUAUGGAGACUUGUCGUGAACCGUCCAAUAUUGGAAAGGAAAAUCUAUUUAGAAUUGCAAAACAUUAAUAUCGAAAAUUUAAA